CGACUGGAGCAUCCCCGGCACUCCCGGUGGGACCGGAGCAUCCUCGGCAUUCCCGGGGGAACCGCUCCGACCGGAGCAUCCCCGGCAUUCCCGGUGGGACCGGAGCAUCCCCGGCAUUCCCGGUGGGACCGGAGCAUCCUCGGCAUUCCCGGGGGAACCGCUCCGACCGGAGCAUCCUCGGCAUUCCCGCGGGCUCCCCUCCAACCGGCGGCUCCGCGGAGAUUGCAGCGGCUCCGCUCCAGCCGCGGACGGAGGCUCCGCUCCCGCCGGGGUUCGGCUCCGCCGCCGCUCCGGUCCCGCUCCCCGCCAUGAGCUCCGCGCCCAGCCCGUCCCGGGAGCCGCCCCGGUACCUCAGCCAGGCCGAGGCGGAGGCCAUGGAGAAGGAGCUGCUGGAGGAUUAUCGCUUCGGGCGGCAGCAGCUGAUCGAGAUCUGGGGACACGCCUGUGCCGUGGCUGUUACCAAGGCGUUCCCGCUGCGCUCUCUGCGGCGCAGGCAGCCCACGCUGUUGGUGGCGUGCGGGCCGGCGCAGAACGGGGCCGUGGGGUUGGUGUGCGCCCGCCACCUGCGCAGCUUCGAUUACGAGCCCACCAUCUUCUACCCCAAGCGCUCCCCGGACCCGCUGCACCGCGACUUCACCACGCAGUGUGAGAAGAUGGACAUCCCCUUCCUGUCCUACCUGCCCACCGAGGUGCAGCUCAUCAACGAUGCCUACAACGCCGUGGUGGACGCGGUGCUGGGAGCCGAGGGGACACAGGGGACAGAGGGGACAGAGCUGUGCGCGGCCAUCCUGGCCACCCUCAGGCACGUCCGCAUCCCCAUCGUCAGCCUGGAUGUCCCCUCAGGUGCUGCCCGUGUCCCCUCGGGUGUCCCUCGUGUCCCUUUGGGUGUCCCCCGUGUCCCCCCAGGUGCUCCCCAUGUCCCCCAGGUCCCUCCCGCACUGCUGUCACCGCACCCGUGGCAGUGUCACACCGGGAGCCCCCGUGGGGGCCCUGGCAGGGUUGGGGACAUCCCUGGACCCCCCCUCGGUGGCCCUGGCAGGGUUAGGGACAUCCACAGGAAAUAACAAAGUGCCCGGCCCAGACAUGACGUCACUGGCCGCUGGCAUUCCCAGCUGGCAUUCCCGAACAGCCGCGUGCUGCUGGCCAGGCCUGGCAUUGUCACCACCCGUGUCCCCCCCCGGCCUGGCCGUGUCACCCUCCCCGGGGUGGGUACCCGUGGGGACGAACUCCGCCCGUGCCACCCCCUUGCCAUCCCUGUCCCCUCCCUGUGCCCUCCCUGUGCCCUCUCUGUCACCGUCCACAGCAGCAGCGGGCCACCCCUGAGCCACCCUGUGUGUCCCCAAGGGUGGCGCGUGUCCCCUGGGGUCACACCUGUCCCCUGUCCGUGACCCCACCGACCGUUCCGUGUCCCCUGGGGUCACUCGUGUCCCCUCUCCAUGUCCCUGGGUGUCCCCUCCCCACUGUCCCCAGGCUGUCCCCGCUGUC